AUGGUUCCAACAGCCCCACCACCGCUGGCUGUGCCAGACCAUAUCGAUCGGGCAGCAGAAGAAGAACCCAACGCGGUCUGGGCAUGGGUACCACGGUCAAGCAGCAGCGUAGACCAAGGCUGGCGUGAUAUCACGCCAGACCAUCGGCUACAUAGGUAUCUUGUCGUACUAGCCGCAGCACUGAAGGUGGGGUAUGUGCCGCUGUUCGUAUCGCCGCGAAACUCUCCCGAAGGCCAGGAAUCGAUUCUCAAGGAGACAGAGUGUACACUUUUCAUGAGCACGCCGGACAGACACCGGUGUUUUGAAGACAUUCAAAAGGUUGCUCCCAAUACGCAGAUUGUUGAAGUGCCACCCUUGCUAGAUCUGCUCGACCCGAGCCAUCGACAGCCCCACUAUGAUGGACGACACCGCCGCGACGGGGCAGCCAACAGCCUGAUUCUCCAUACUUCUGGUUCGACUGGCCUUCCCAAGGCCGUUCGUCUGACCGUAGGUGGCCUGAACUCGGUAUACGAGCAAGCAAACCUGGGUCGAGAGCAAGGCCGUCAGAGCACCAUGAAGCUAUUUCUUGCAGACAGAAGGCCGAUGCUAGCUGCCGUGCCCUUCUUCCACGCAAUGGGCAUCGUGGUCGGACUCCGAUCGCUGAUGUGUAGGAGUUCGAUCGCCACCCUCCCGUCGGGAAAGCUGUGGAACGCCAGUUUAGUUAUCGGUGGGAUUGCAGCCAUCAAACCAGCUACGGGUGUCUUUCCUCCGUCGAUCCUUGAAGAUAUGUCUGGCACGGAAGCAGGUUUCCAUGCACUCAGCAGACUAGAUACGGUCUUCUUCGGCGGUGCGCCUCUGGCUGAUGCGAGCGGUGAGAAGCUUUGUCGAGUAACAAAGCUUCAAACCAUCAUUGGCAGUACCGAAGCCUUACUCAUACCCAGUCUCGACACAACAGCGCCAGAUGAAUGGGGCUAUUUUCACUGGAGCGAUGCUGCUGGUGCUGUCAUGAAACCGGCAGAGAAUGAGCUGUACGAGCUCGUUCUCGAACGGAGGGAUACCAGCUGUCAAGCUGUCUUCCACACCCUUCCCGGAGAAGAGAAAUGGCUAACCAAAGAUCUUUUCCGACAGCAUCCCACUAAGCCUUUUUUAUGGAAGUACAGCGGCAGACGAGAUGACACCAUCGUGCUCAGCAAUGGCGAAAAGGUCAAUCCUGUUUCGAUGGAGAAGUGCAUCGAAUCCCAUGCUUGCGUAAAGGGUGCACUUGUCGUCGGCCAAGGCAAAUUCCAGACUGGACUGCUCAUCGAGCCGGAGCGAGACGGGGCUGGCAUGAUAGACUCGGCUACGUUGGUGGAACAUAUAUGGCCGACAGUAGAACAAGCCAAUAGGGAGGCACCUGCCCAUGCACGCAUCUACCAGAACAAGAUUGCUGUCACGGAGAGAGAAAAGUCGUUCGAGCGCACGCCCAAGGGCUCGAUCAUCCGGCUCCAAACGGUCGCCAUGUUUCACGACGAGAUCGCGGCACUGUGCAACGACGAGAAGUUUGCUAGGGAGUCCAGUCUAGAGUCUGGCGCCGAUGUGGACCUCAGGAGUACAAUCCGUGCUGUGUUUAUCGAUGUCCUGGCUUCGUUCCAUGAAGGAACGCUAGACGACGUCGACAUCUGCAGCCUAGAGGUCGAUUCUUUAGGCGUGUUGGCCUUGGCCGAAGCACUGAGAACGAAACUCCAGCGCACAGACAUCACGGCCGCAACCAUCUACCAGAACCCCACCGUCCACGAGCUUACGAUGGCCUUGUCACCAAGCGCGAGCCGGUCGAGCGUAACAGUGGCGCCCUCCAUCACUCGGGAGGAACAGCUGGGCGCUAUGGUGAGGAAGUAUACGAUAGACAUGGUCCAACAGAAGCGGGUGGGGGCCGAACGAGAGCGCCCAUCGAAACACACAGUGAUCCUCACAGGCUCCACGGGUAGCCUUGGCAGCCAAGUGCUGAAAACCCUUGUCCAGCGCCCUGAAAUCGAGCAGGUGUAUUGCCUGGACCGUUCGGAUGACGCAGAGACCCGACAAAGACACGCUUUCGUGAAGUACUAUGGUACGAAAGCAGGCCUUCACAACGUCGGAUUCCUGCAGGCCGACUUCAGUCUUGCCGGUUUUGGUCUCGAGAAGGCAGUAUAUGAACGUCUUCUCUCCAGCGUCACGAUAUUCAUCCAUUCAGCAUGGUCUGUCAACUUCAACCUCUCGCUCUCAUCUUACGAGGCAACGCACAUCGCUGGAACCCGGCACGUCGUAGACUUUGCCUCUGAGUCUGUUCAUAAAUCGUCCAUCACCUUCGUCUCGUCGAUUGCCAGCGUAGGCAAUUGGGGCAGUGUCGUACAGGACGGCUCUGCUGUACCCGAAUCUACCACUACGCUUUUCGACCGCUCGAUCCCGUUGCCGCAAGGCUACGGCGAAUCCAAGCAUGUCGCAGCUGAGAUCCUCGCAAUCGCAUCGCAUCGCCUCGGUAUACAGACUGCGAUCGUGCGCGCGAGCCAGCUUGCAGGACCCAGUGCGCAGGCUAGCGGAGCAGCGUGGAACCGACACGAAUGGCUGCCAUCGUUGGUUCACGCGAGCAGGGUCAUGAAAAAGCUGCCAAGAACGCUGGGAACCAUGGAACAGGUGGACUGGGUACCGAUGGAUGUAGCGGCCGCGACUAUGGUUGAUAUCGCUACGGCACCAGCUUCAGAGCCUACGCGCGUUUACCAUCUGGCUAAUCCCCACCGAACGAGUUGGAGCCAGAUCUAUCCGGUCAUCGAGUCUUUCUUCAAGCAAGCCGGCGUAGAAAUCGAGAUCGUCGCGUACGAUGAUUGGGUUCAGGAGCUGGGAGGGAUUCAGUUGACCAAGGAGAAUGUCGAACGCGUGCCGGGGCUGAAGUUGCUCGACUUCUAUAGGGGUCUGUGUCCUGAGACGGCAACAGGGUUACCGAGACUGGCGACCAAGAAGGCAGAAGCUGUCAGCUCGACGUUGAGGGAGGGGCGGGCAGUGGAUGCACGUGAGGUGAGAAAGUGGCUGGAGCAAUGGGCGUUGUGA